AUGAGGGCUCACACCUUGAUGCGACGGCCAGUCCGCGCGUUCACGAAUCUUUCACGCACUUCAAUUCGAUUGCAAUCCACGACACCUUUUGCCCAACGAUGCCUCUUCACUACUCCACUCACUUCCAGCAACACCUCCGUACCCCGGUUUCCGCUGAGCGGACGAUGGGUGCCCCGGAGGUGUCUAGCAACUGCAGCAGAAAUCCUUGAACAAGCUGCGAACCCUGAGGAACUUACAGAAGCCACAAUUAUAGAAAAUAUGAAGCCAGAUGAAAUAAAGCACAUGUCUCGCAUGCGAAACAUUGGAAUUGCUGCACACAUUGACAGCGGAAAAACUACUUCGACGGAGCGAGUCUUAUUCUAUACCGGACGUAUCAAGGCUAUCCAUGAAGUCCGUGGCCGUGAUUCUGUUGGCGCAAAGAUGGACUCUAUGGACCUCGAGCGUGAGAAGGGUAUUACAAUUCAGUCAGCUGCUACCUUUUGUGACUGGGUCAAGAAGGAGAAUGGCAAGGACGAAACCUACCACAUCAACUUGAUCGACACUCCCGGGCACAUCGAUUUCACUAUUGAGGUUGAAAGAGCCCUUAGAGUUCUUGACGGUGCCGUUUUGAUUCUUUGUGCUGUCUCCGGAGUUCAGUCGCAGACAAUGACCGUUGAUCGACAAAUGAGACGAUACAACGUUCCCCGAAUCUCGUUCAUUAAUAAAAUGGAUCGUAUGGGCGCAAACCCUUUCAAAGCUGUAGAUCAAAUCAACCAGAAGCUGAAGAUCCACGCUGCUGCCGUGCAGGUGCCAAAUUGGAAGAGAAGACCAGUUCAAGGGUGGUCAAACGGUGAAAUCAUCGUUGAGAAGGAUGAAAUUCCGGAAGAUCUCCUCGAUGUUGUUCAGGAGAGACGAAACAAGCUGAUUGAAACUCUCGCCGAUGUUGACGAUGAGAUUGCGGAAAUAUAUCUCGAUGAGAAAGAGCCAACUCAGGAGCAGAUCAAGGCUGCUAUCCGCAGAGCGACCAUCUCUCUAAAGUUUACCCCGGUUUUUAUGGGAUCUGCUUUAGCCGAUAAAUCCGUUCAACCUAUGCUGGAUGGUGUCUGCGACUAUCUCCCCAGCCCUGCAGAAGUUCCCAAUUUGGCUCUUGACCAGAAGCGAAACGAGGCUAAUGUUAAACUUGUUCCAUAUGCUGACCUUCCUUUUGUUGGACUGGCCUUCAAGCUUGAAGAGAGCAACUUCGGUCAGCUUACCUAUAUUCGCGUAUACCAAGGUACCCUGCGAAAGAGUAUGAACGUAUUCAAUGUGAAGAACAACAAGAAAAUCAAGGUUCCGCGAAUUGUACGAAUGCAUUCCAACGAGAUGGAAGAAGUUUCGGAGAUUGGCCCCGGUGAAAUUUGCGCUGUCUUUGGUGUUGAUUGUGCCUCUGGCGAUACGUUUACAGACGGAAAACUGGGAUACACCAUGUCUUCCAUGUUCGUGCCUGAGCCUGUCAUUUCAUUAUCCAUCAAGCCGAAGAGCUCAAAGGACCUCGCAAACUUUUCUAAGGCUAUCAAUCGUUUCCAGCGAGAGGACCCUACAUUCCGUGUUUACUUCGAUGCAGAGAGUGAGGAAACUGUUAUCUCAGGAAUGGGUGAAUUGCAUCUUGAUAUCUAUGUUGAGCGCAUGCGCCGUGAAUACCGUGUCGACUGCACUACAGGACGACCAAGAGUGGCAUACCGUGAAGCUCUCGGAAAACGAGUCGAAUUCGACCACCUUUUGAAGAAACAGAGUGGUGGCCCUGGUGACUAUGCCCGUGUCGUUGGUUGGUUAGAGCCAUCUCCAAAACUUGAAGUCAACGAGUUCGAGGAACAAAUCGUUGGUGGCAGCAUUUCAGAGAAGUUCUUGUAUGCUUGCGAGAAAGGUUUCAACUUGGCCUGCGACAAGGGUCCUUUGAUCGGCCACAAAGUCCUGGGAACUAGGAUGGUCAUCAACGACGGUGCCACCCAUAUGACUGACUCUUCAGAAAUGGCAUUCAAGAUUGCAACUCAACAAGCCUUCAGGAAGGCUUUCAAAGAGGCCGAGCCCCAUAUUCUAGAGCCUCUUAUGAAGACUGUUAUUACUGCCCCAACGGAAUUCCAGGGUGAUAUCAUUGGCCUCCUGAACAAACGCAAUGCCAUCAUUAAUGAUACUGAGACAGGUGUUGAUGAAUUCACUAUCUUCGCUGAUUGCAGCUUGAACAGCAUGUUUGGCUUCAGCAGUCAUUUGCGAGCAGCCACCCAGGGUAAGGGUGAAUUUACCAUGGAGUUCAGUCAUUACGAAAAGGCCCCAGGGCAGCUCCAGAAAGAACUUGUUGCUGAAUACGAGAAGGCUCAGGCUGCACGACACAAGUAA